AUGUCGCGCCAAUAUCUCCUCACCGUUCUCGCCGUGCUGGCCACGGCCUCUUCCAUUAAUGCUCAGAUCCUGAGCUGUGCUGAUGUCGAAUGCCCCAUCACGAAGGGGAUAACCUCCGCUACUUGCACCGUGGUGGACAAGAUCUUCAACGCCGUUGGUGUCGUCCCGUUGGAGUACAUUGGCGACGACCUGAAAGGCCUCUCCUGGACCAAAGCUGUAGGUGCCGUCGAUGCCAGCUCCGACCGAGAAUACGACCAGUCAUUCUACCUCGGUACUCCUCUUGGCAUCAGACUUCCUGCCUCGUGUGCUGUUUUCUUCAACAAAGUGAGCGACCGCGUCAGAUUCGGCGAUGACGACUCCAAGCGAUCGAAAGGCACUUGCAAUCAAGCCAUGACAGAUGGUUGCAUUAACGCCUUGAUAAAGCGUGCCUUGGAAGUUGACCUGUCAGGCAACGACACAUGCGAGAAGCUGCAGACCGAGUUCCUGGCAAACCUGGACUCUGAGUGUGCUUCGUUCGCCACAGGCAAUAAUUGGGUCGAUGUCACCGCGGUGGACCUGGUGGGUGAUGGUUCCCCCCAGCCUAUUGACAGCCACAAGAACGCCACUUCCGAUUGCUGGCCUACAUCCCCAAAGAACAACGAUCUCCGGCUCGUUCACUCUAUCAAUUCAACGGGUGAUUUCGGCGCGGAGACCAUGGCCAAACACUUCUUCGGAGUUACACCCAUUCUUACCGUGUUCUUCCCGGCCGGCGACAACGAGGCUUCCGUCUCCCAAGCAGAGGCACAGUUGACGUGUAUUAAGGCGAUCGAUUUGACCACGACGUCCAAUGCCACACAGACCCAGGCAGAGGGAACGAGUGACGCGAUUCGGGGAAGUGGCGUAUCGAUGGUUUUGGUGGGGAUUAUGACGGUUGUGUUUGCCGCUAUGCUUGCGUAG